AUACAUUUCUACUCUCUUAUAUAAUCAACAGACACUCUCAAGUAUCAGCAAAUUAAAUAAUCAUAUAGAUAUAUUCAUUGCAACAAUGUUUUGUUGAUAACAUCUCAAGUAUGUACCAUUUAAAGAAGCACUCCUAUGCGAGUUGUUAUGCUCCACCCAAUGGAGACCAGAGAAUGUGAAAGAUGUAGAUUUUCACAGUUUUCACUGUCUCAAUUAGUUCUCAUCAUGAAGACAGUUCUCAUGACUGGCUAGAGGGAGUGCCAGUGCCUUUAUUUACUCCGCCUUAUGAUGGUACAGACCACGUGUAACAGGGACAGGAAAGGCACAUGUUCAACAGGCUCAAUUACAGCAACAUGCUCUGAUCAGAGCUAUAUUUUACUUGAAAACAUAGUCACGUGGUUUGAAAGGAAAAAAUGAAUGUAAGCGAGAGGAGGAAAUGAGAACAGGACGGCAGCAUGCUUACCUGGCACAACUUUACUUUUGCAAUAUGCUCACACGCCUCUGUCCCAUGAAUUAACCUGACACAUCUGUGCACUUGGGCACCUUUUGGAGGAACUGACCUGGCCUUUGUGGCCUCACUAAAGGAGAUGACACAGAACGGUAUUGUAGCCGGCAAUGGCACUCAUACUGACACUCUCAAAAUUGUGAUCGUUGGAGAUGGGGGUUGUGGAAAGACAUCCCUGCUCAUGGUGUAUGCCAAAGGAGAUUUCCCAGAGAAAUAUGCUCCAUCUGUGUUUGACAAAUAUGUCACCACUGUGUCUUAUGGAGGGAAAGACAUUCAGUUGAAUCUUUAUGAUACAGCAGGCCAAGAGGACUAUGAUCGAUUGAGGCCACUCUCCUAUCAAGAUGUAAACCUCGUUAUCAUCUGUUAUGAUGUGACAAAUCCAACUUCUUUUGAAAAUGUGACGAUAAAGUGGUACCCGGAGGUCCGUCAUUUCUGUAAGGACGUCCCCAUUGUCCUCAUUGGGUGCAAAACAGACCUGCGAAAGGACAAGGAGAGAACAAGAAAACUCAAAGCCUUAGAUUUGGCCCCUAUCACCUACCUCCAGGGCGAAGAGACCCAGAAGCAAAUGAAUGCUGAAAUAUACCUGGAGUGUUCAGCUAAAUAUAGAGAGAACGUGGAGGACAUUUUCAGAGAGACAACCAAACGGGCGUUAGCAGCAAGGGCUAAAGCAAAACAUGCCCGUAAAAAGAAGAAACGUUGCACUAUUCUGUGAUCAUUGCUGGAAGAACUGAUGCCUAAAACACAUUUUCUCCAUUCAUUUUUUGUAUACAUGAACUACAAUAUGUUGUACACAUUCAGAAACCUUUGAAAUUCCCUGUCUCAAAGGAGUAUUUUUCUUAAGGACAUAAGGAGUGUUUUUUCAAUGUCCUGCCAGCAAGAAAGGCUUAGUAUUCGAUGGCAGAUAACAUUCGAAUUAUCGAAACCACAUCCUUCUGUGUUACUGAUAUGACUUGAUGGAAUAUUGUCUUCCACAACUGUGGAUUUAAUAAGAAACCAACAAAAACUAGAGAAAAUGCUGCUGUUGUUUCAGAGAAGACCACAAAGAGGGGUCUCGUUUUAAGUAUGGUGCCCCUUUGGUUACAAUUUAUGUCUUUUUAUGAUGGUUUACUGUUUUAACAUGCAACUAAUAUGAUUUCAUUCAUUUAAUUUUGUAACUCCACUUAUUAUCCAUUGGGCUAUACAAAUGUUUUUUUUUAAACUGAGGUAGAGAGAGCUUUACUGAGAAUGUGCGGAAUAAUUCAUCACUCUAGUUUGCUUGUGAAUGAAGAAAUAUAGUGUGUUGCAGACGCCCCAGUUUCCCCUACUUACACAAUAGUUGCAGUUUUAAAUGUAAAAAAAUAAUGCUGAGUUACAAUAUUGUGACAUUCCAUGGGCUUCCAAAUCUCUUUGAUUGUCUAUGUUUUCAUAUAUUUGGAGAAAUAUCACUUUAACUUUAGACCACAACCAUCUUGCCCCUGUAACUGGAAAUUUCAUUUUAUUUAUAGUUCUCACGUGUUCAAAUCUCAUCCAGGGGCCAGAAAGUGUUGAAUUAGAUAUCAUAUACAAUGCAAACAAUUGGUGUUUCCACCAGCUGUUUAGAUUGGUAUAUUUGUGCAAUGAAAUCAUAUUUUUAAGAUCUAGAUUGUGUGUAUUAUAUAAUGUAAUUUAUUUUUUUUUUUUUUUUGGUGAAACAGGUUUGCGUCACUAUUAUAACAACUUAGUCGUUAUUACCAUAUUUUUUUGUGUAGGCCUAUUUUCACCCUGAAUCAUAAAAAUCAAACUGCA